AUGCCAACAGUUUUAACCAAAGAGGGUGAUCAUAAUGAUCGAUAUAGCUAUAAUAGUCAGCCUCUUUCUGGGGGUUACCUUGAUCAGUAUAAACCAGACCGCUAUUAUUUUGGUAGACACAGGAACAAGUUAUUGACUGCAGGAAUAGGAUACCAUGACAAUUAUAAUCGUAUUCCUUUAAAUCAUCAAAAUUCCAUCAUUGAUGCUAAUCAACCUAGAUAUCCAUACAAUCAACCUAGAUAUCCAUACAAUCAACCUAAUUAUUAUAAUCAACCUAAUUAUCAAGUUGAUUAUGGCAUGAAAACACAAUAUAUUCCAACUAACAAUCGAGUUCAAUAUGGAGCAUCAAAUACCCGAUUUGGUACAGAUGUUGAUUUGACCAGACAAAGAGGUCAAAAUCCUACAUCAGAUAGAAGUAGAAUUUUAUAUGGCAGACAUCCAGCUCCAAGACCACUGCAAACUGCAGCACCAACCAGAGCUCCUACACCUCCUACCAGUGCUCCUUAUAAUAAGGUUCAAUCUGUUGAUAAUGGGCAGUAUAAAUUUCAAAAUGGGGGUUACCCAACUCCUUCCCCCAGGGUUAUUACUCCAAAACCUACUCCUGUUUCUGACAAUGGAAAUCCUUUAUAUGGUUCUGAACUUGAAGGACCAGAAAUCAAAGAUGUAGAGAGAACUACUUCAGCACCAACUGGAAAUCAUCUCAAUGUGCUGCGUCCACCAUUCCGCAUAUCAAGUAAACCACGUUUGGCUAUCCUUGAUAUGAAAGUAAAGGCUACUGGUGGUUGUAGUGUAAGAAAUGGUGGAUGUGAGCAUGUUUGUGUUGAUGGUUAUAGUGGAAGAUUUCAUUGUCGAUGUCGGUCUGGCUUUACUUUGGGUCGUGAUGGAAAAUCAUGUGAAACGACUAAUCCAUGUAAUGGUAAUAUUGGUUGUCAACAUAAAUGUGUAAAUGAUAGAGGAAGAGCUAUAUGUCAAUGUUUUAAAGGCUAUAGAUUAUCUCGUGAUAGAAGAACUUGUGAAGAUGUAGAUGAAUGUCAACGUGAUAAUGGACAAUGUAGUCAGGCUUGUGUUAAUACUAAAGGUAGUUUUGUUUGUACCUGUACACCUGAAUAUCAACUUGGUGAAGAUGGUAAAUCUUGUUACAGAAUUGAAAUGGAAGUGAUUGAUAACUGUGCCUUUAAUAAAGGUGGUUGUGCUCACAAAUGUCGAAAUGGAGUCAACGGUCCUGUUUGCUCAUGUAGGAAGGGUUAUUUAUUACAGGCUGAUGAAAGAUCUUGUGAAGAUAUCGAUGAAUGUGAAGGAGGAGAUCAUUGCUGUGAUCAGUAUUGUAAUAACAAUCCUGGAGGUUAUACCUGUUCAUGUAGCCGUGGAUUCCUCCUCAAUAGAGAUGGCUGUGGUUGUGAGGAUAUUGAUGAAUGCUUAAAUGAUAAUGGUGGUUGUGAACAGAUCUGUGUAAACUCUGAAGGUUCCUAUAGUUGUGCUUGUACUGCUGGUUAUACUGUCUCACCAGAUGGUAGAAGGUGUAUAGCUGAUGAACCAAUUGAUAAAGGUCCUGAGAGAGGUGAUUUACCACGAAUACGAUAUGAAACAACACCAUUACCUAUAUUAUCAAUAACAGAAGAUCCCUAUGAUAGUCUCUUGUCUCAAGAAUUGCAGGAACAAGCUGCUAAAUUUAAUUGUCAACCUGGUACAUUUGGUGUGAACUGUUUGUUAAAUUGUAACAACUGUUUAAAUGGUGCUAUUUGUAAUGAAGAACAGACAGGCUGUGAAUGUACUGCUGGUUGGCAGGGUAUUAUUUGUAAUGAAACUUGCUCACAGAAUUUCUAUGGUAAAGAUUGUAAUAGUAUAUGUAAUUGUCCCAAUGGAAAUGUGUGUGAUUCUGUAACUGGUGAAUGUAAAGAUGAAUGUCCACAAGGUUACUAUGGUGCUCAAUGUAAUAGAAGAUGUCCACAUCAUUGUGCCAGUGGACAUUGCCAUAAAGUAUUUGGUUAUUGUAAAUGCCGACCUGGAAGGUUUGGACCAUCUUGUAACCAACCAUGUCCAUCUUUUACAUGGGGAUCAAAUUGUGCUACACAAUGUGACUGUAAUGUUGAUAAUUCUAAUGGUUGUCAACCAGAGACAGGAGAAUGUGUAUGUAAACCAGGUUAUUUUGGAGAAAAAUGUUUAGAUAGAUGUCCGGCUGAUAGAUUUGGUGAAAUGUGUACCCGAAUUUGUGACUGUCCAGCCGAUAGUAAAUGUAACCAUAUUACGGGUUAUUGUUUAAAAGAAUGUCCUGCUGGUAAAACAGGACAGAGAUGUGAAGAAUCAUGUCCAAAUGGAAAAUAUGGUCCUAAUUGUCUUAAGAAAUGUCAUUGCUCUGGCAGCUCAUGCCACCCAGAAAGUGGAAAAUGUGUUUGUAAGGCAGGAAAAACUGGCAGACGGUGUCGAAAAUCUUGUCCACUGGGAAGUUGGGGAAUGGAUUGUGCUAAUAAGUGUACCUGUAAGAAUGGAGCUAAAUGUGACUCUAUUACUGGAGAGUGUGUUUGUAAAGAUGGCUGGUAUGGACCUUACUGUGGUGAAGCCUGUCCAAGUGGAAGAUUUGGUCCUCAAUGUAUGGAAGUAUGCAUGUGUGAAAACAAUGCUACUUGUGACCAAAUUACUGGAGAUUGUACAUGUUCUCCUGGAUGGACUGGUCAACUGUGUGACCGAGGAUUUCCACCAGGAAGAUGGGGAAGAUGGGGUAGUGAUUGUCAAUCUAAGUGUCAAUGUUUGAACAGUGCUGAUUGUGACUCUAUAACAGGAGAGUGUAUAUGUGUACCAGGAUGGAGAGGUGCAGGUUGUGAUAAAAAAUGUCUGAAUGGGACUUAUGGAGCUGGUUGUUUGAAGAAAUGUAAAUGUCAGAAUGGUGCUACUUGUGAUCAUGUUGGUGGAGCCUGUACAUGUUCUGAUGGAUGGAGAGGAAGAUUCUGUGAGAAGGCCUGUCCACAAGGUUUCUAUGGAUUAGACUGUCAGAAUAUUUGUAAUUGUGGUAAUGGAGCUACAUGUGAUCAUGUAACUGGUGAUUGUCAUUGUGAAUCAGGAUGGUAUGGUGAUUCAUGUGAACAGAGAUGUCCUGCUGGAAAGUUUGGUGAUGAUUGUGGAGAGAGAUGUCAGUGUGUUAAUGGUGACUGUGAUACAGUUAGUGGCAACUGUAUUUGUUCUGCAGGUUGGAGAGGAGCUAAAUGUGAUGAAGUCUGUCCACCUGGUUUCUAUGGAAACAGCUGUUUAUAUAGGUGUUUCUGUCUAAAUCAAGGGAAAUGUAAUCAUAUAGAUGGAUCUUGCAAUUGUACAGCAGGAUGGGAAGGAACAGCUUGUGAAAGUGCCUGUCCUAGUGGUAAACAUGGUAAGAAUUGUGAUUUAGAUUGUGAUUGUGUUAAUGGUAAAACCUGUGAUCGGGUUACAGGAGCUUGUGUUUGUAAUCCUGGUUUUAUCGGUCCUAGAUGUAAUAAAACAUGUCCAAGAGGAUUCUAUGGUGCAGAAUGUAAUUCUAUGUGUCCAUGUAAAAAUGGUGCCAAAUGUAACAGUGAAAGUGGUGAAUGUACUUGUACAACUGGCUGGAGAGGCAAAAAUUGUGAUAAACCCUGUUUACCUGGAUUGUAUGGUGAUGAUUGUAACCAGAAAUGUUCUUGUGAUAAAGAUGAACCAUGCAAUCAUUUAAAUGGUGAAUGUAGAUGUCCACCAGGUUUCAGUGGUCCUUCAUGUGGCCAACAUUGUCCUCAUGGUACAUUUGGACCAGAAUGUCGUGGUCAAUGUUCGUGUAAUGAAAAUUAUGAUUGUCAUCAUGUGACAGGAGAAUGUGUAUGUAAACCAGGACAGAGAGGUCGAAUGUGUACUCAAGCCAGGAAAGGCGGUAAGCUAAGAAAGGGUCGUAAAGGUAGAAAAGGAAAAGGAAAAUGGAGAAAGAAACCUAAAGAUAAAAAUGGCUUCAAAAAACUUCAAGCAGGAUGCAAGGAAGGUGAAUUCGGACCUAAUUGUGAUCAAUUAUGUAAAUGUGAAAAUGGAGGAGAAUGUGAUAUGAUGACAGGAUCUUGUAUGUGUCCACCAGGUUUUAUUGGACCUACUUGUAGUGAAAGAUGUCCUGGUAAUACAUAUGGUGAAGAUUGUACUGGUGUCUGCAAGUGUAGAAAUGGUGGGAAAUGUAGCAGAAGAUCUGGCAGAUGUAAAUGUUUACCAGGAUUUAAGGGAAAGCAUUGUGAUGAAGUAUGUGAAGAAGGAAAAUUUGGUAUGGAAUGUAAAGAGAAUUGUAAUUGUAAAAAUGGUCGAUGUGAUCCUGUAUCUGGGUUAUGUGAUUGUAAUCUAGGAUGGAUGGGGGGAGCAUGUGAUUUACCAUGUCCACCCAAUAGAUAUGGUCCUGGUUGUAAUCAUACUUGUAUGUGUCAGAAUGGUGGAGAAUGCGAAUCUGUUACUGGUUGUUGUACUUGUCCUGAUGGGUAUUAUGGACAUGUUUGUGAAAUGGUUUGUCCACAAGGAACACAUGGUCCAUACUGUCAGGAAACCUGUGAUUGUGUUAAUGGAGCUACAUGUGAUGCUAGAAUGGGACAAUGUCGCUGUCCUCCUGGCUAUAAAGGAGAUACUUGUCAAAAACGUUGUCCUAGUGGUUAUUUCGGAGUAAAUUGUUUACAGCGCUGUGAUUGUGAGAACUCAGAUUGCCAUCAUGUUACAGGAAAAUGUAUUUGUCCCCCAGGAUAUUCAGGGAGACGGUGUGAUCAAAAAUGUUCUGAAGGAAGAUAUGGUCCGAGCUGUGCAUUUUUCUGUGAUUGUGAUAAUAGUGGUAUUUGUGAUCCAGUAUCGGGAUCAUGUAGUUGUGAGAAGGGAUGGAUUGGAGCUACAUGCCAAGUGGUACAAAUUCCAUCUGGUCCAAGAAGAGGUGAUGUACCAUGGGCAGUGAAUUAUAGUCGCAAGUGAACAAAAAGUGUAGGGAUAAUGUGCAAAAAUAAAUCAUUUUAUUGUGAUUUGCCAACUUUAAGCAUUUUCAAUUUUAAGCAAUUCUGUUUUUGAUAAUAAUAUUGGAUUGUGAUCUCGUACACUUAAAUACUGAGAACAGUUGUUCUUUACUAACAGUAUCUUGCUAUGCUGUUGUGUCCAAUUGUGAUUUGCUUCUUAACAAUGGUUGUUUCACAUCUCAAUAUGAAUUGUUGUUUUCAAAGCAAUGUGUUCAAUAUGGGCUAUGAUUUUAUUUGCCAAAGCACAUAAACUAUUCAGGACCCUUGUUUUGGAUAUAAAGAAGCUGAUUAUGAGAUAGUCCAUUCAAUUAUGAUAUACGCUUCAAGAGAUUUUAAAGUCAAAAGAAACGAGAAGUUUUCAAGAGGUGUUCUAAAGUGUUUAAGAAAAUAUUCAAAGUUUAACUCAACAGUGGUUUAUUAAAAUAAGUGUUUUUUCAUCUUCAAUAUUAGUGUUGCCAUAGUAACCAUAUCCAUAAGAAUCUUUAUUUAUUCUAUAAACUAUACUUAGUUAGAUUUCUGGUAGCUUUGUAUUAUCAUAAUAUUAAAUCUGUAUAUUAUGCUUUUGCUUCACUGUGUCAAAUUCUAUCAACAAUGGAUUUUGCAUUUCACAUUGUUUUCAGAUCUACUAUGUGACGAAAGUUCAAUCUAUUGAAAGUUAUUUUUUUGAAUGCUUGAAUCCAAUUAAAACAUAUUAAAUAUAAAGUAAAUCCAUUAUGGAUUAUCCAUAAUUAUUUUUGUUUUGUCAUGUAUUUUCCGAUGAUGCUUAUUGCGCAUUCCUUCUCCUUAGCCUGUCUGUUAUAUUCAUUUAAAAAAUUGUUCGGUAGUAUAGGGAUCUGUCAGUUUAAGCUCUGUUAUAUAAAUAUAAACUGUAUUAACUGAAUAUCCAUUUUGGACUUAAAACUUGAUUAGGUCCCAUGUUAAUUAUGCAAUAUUGGCCAAAAUAAAUUAAUUUAUAGAAUAAUAUAUGUGGUAGACAAAAACUUGUUAGACUUGGCUCUGACUUCUGAAGUUAUAACUAGAUGUUUGCCAGUCCAGAACCAUAUUGUAAACUACCGAACAGCUAUGGUUUGCAUGUUUUAUGAUAAUUGGAAUGUAACACAGAUAGGCCCAUAAGAGAAUUAUCUUUCUAUCGAGAUCAGUGGUUAAAACAAAUUAUGAUACCCAAAAACUUUUAAUAUUACAAUUCUCAUGAAAGCAUUUUACAAGCAGACAUGUUAUGUCCAUUAUUGGUAACAAAGAGUACAGUAUUUGUCGUUGUUUAUAGUCUUUGUCCUAUAUAAUAUGAUGACAGCAGGAAAUCUCCUCUAAUGUACAAUGUUUUAUACAGGGCAUGUUCCUUUAUUAAUUGUGUACCAUAUCUAUAACAACAAUGCUAAAGGAACAUGACCUGUAGGAGAAUAAAAUAUUUAAGAUAAUACCAAAUUAAAAAACUCACAAAUCAUUUAAUUCCAAUAUGAAAACAUAGACUUUGUCACCAGAAAAGUCAGUAAUAGGGAUUCCUUAUGGACCAUUAAUUAUAAGGAAAGCAAGUAUUGGAAGUUGAAUAUUUGGUAAGUGUUAUUUGGUGUUAUUAUUAACUAAUUCAAUGAUGACUAAAUAAAUAUGCUUUGGUUCAAUUUGGCUGAUAUAUUUUGUUGUUAUAAAGCUUUAAAUGUUUUUAUUUUGAUAUUAUGAUCACUCAAUUAUGCAAUAUUUUAGCUGAUAGUUAGUUGAAAUUUAAUAUAGUUUCACUGCAGAGUAGAUACAGUAGGUUGACACUGACAGAAUCUGUUUAUUAUGUAAAUAUAACCUUCUGCAUAUAUACAACAUUAUAUCUCAUACUGAUAUUAUGUAUAUGUAGAUUGUAUUCUAUUCAAGUUGAUAGGUCAUCAUAUAAAGCAUGGUUUAGAAAUGCUAAGUAGUAAUAUACCAAAGCAUUACUGUGGAAAUCUGUCUUAUAAGGAAGGUUGUCCACAGCUUUGUAUCUAUGAAAUCAUGUUUUCUGGUAACUUUAACUGUAAAUGUUAUAGCAUGAAUUAUGAAAUUUUUGUAAAAAUUUUUCAUAUAUACACAUAUGAGUUUGAUUUUCAAGUCAGUGUUUACCCUUUUGAAUGUACAAUAGCUGAUUACUCAUUAAUUUAUGUAUAAAUAUAGGAAACCACUAUCAAAUUUACAUUUUGAAUUCAUUUGAAUGUUUUAGUAAAAUUUAAAAUUU